GUGGUCGUGUUGGACGUGAGGGGCGCCGUCCGGCAGAACUUUUCCAUGACGGCGAUCAAAGUGAUGAUCCAAGAAAGCAAUACCUACUACCCUGACCGUGUGGCCCAAAUCUUUGUUUUAGGCGUCAACAUGGCCGUGCGAAGGCUGUGGUCCAUCGUCAGCCCCAUGGUGCAGCCGCGCACGCGCAAGAAGACUCAGCUGAUCACUACAGAUGAGGUGGCUCCCUUGAUGCGGCGUCUCGUCCAUCCCGAGCAACUCACGGAGGAGUAUGGUGGCCGAGCCCCCGACUUCCCAGCGCCCGCGGAUGCGCGGAGCGUUGCAGAGAUGGCAGGCCGGGUUUGUGCUGACACCUGGGAGACGCUUGGAGCGCUCAGAGUACUUCAAGAGAAGACGGCGUUGGCCUCGAAAAUCUGCGUGGCGUGGCACAUGCCGCCCUUUGGAUUUCGUGAAAGUCGUGGGGAAAGCACCGCCAUCUGCCGUGACACCGCGGAGUGCGCCGAGUUUCUGACGGACCUACAGCAUAGCAGCGACCUGGAGGAAGUCGACUUGGACUUGGUCCUGCCCAAUUGGAAUGAAGGUUGUUGGGGCAGCUGUCUCUGCGGUGGAAGGGUUUGGCAGUCGGAAGAGGAAAUGAGAUCUUGGAAGGCGACGAGAUGUCCCGAGGUUUAUGGUCGAGUUCUUGGGAAGAUCCUUUCCGAGAGCCAAGGCGCCGCCGGUCGUGCGAUCUUGGACUUUGUAAGUGGCAGUGGGCCAUAUCUGUUGAAACGACUGCACUACUAAGCCACGCCUGGAGUUGCUAAAGAAUCUGAAAAGUUUAAGCCAUGGCUGCCAUGUUGCUUAAUGUGUU